CCCCACGAGGCAGGCAGAGCCAUGGAGGUCCCUGCAGAGCUGGCUGCCGGAGAGGAGUCCUCUGCCUUGCCCGCUGCUGCAGCGCUUCCCAGCGAGUCACAACCCACACCAGCAAAACCAGUACAGAUCACAGUCGUGACGGCGCAGGAGCUGAAAACUAUCAAAGGUGACGUGUCAGCUACUUUGGUGCGUGUGGAGUACAACGGAGCGAUCCUGGGAGACUCCUCCAAGACUGAUGUCUUGCCAGGCGGGACAGCAAACUAUAAUUUCAUGACCAGCUUCGAGUGCAACCCUGAUGGGCCCAACUCUUUGGCCGACGUUGCGCAAAAACCUGUGCUCUUGACAGUGAUAGAAGUGUUGCAAAAGGAGAAGAAGCAGAAGGAGAAGACUGUGCCUCUUGGCCAAGCUGUGGUGGACCUUCUACCCCUGCUGCAAGGACAGUGUUCAUUUAAGGUCUCGGCUCCUUUGUAUGCAGUGCCUCCUUCUCCAUUAGAGAGCCUUCACCCGGAGGCCAAGGGUGGCCUUGAAGUGACAGUGUGCACGGAAGAGCCCCUGCUUUCUGCCGCGCAGCUCUCAAAUGGUAACCUCCUGAGCGUCACGCUGGAGGCAGCUUAUUCCGUCCCUGAAGCGUUUCUUCCCAGUGGACCCCCGCACAACUACAUGGUUUGCUUGCAAGUACCAGCAGCUGGGGAGAAGGAAUUCCCCCUGCUCUUCAAGAAUGGCAUCCUGAAGCUUGCUGGGGAAAAAGAGCCAUUCCCCCGGCCCAAAAAAUGGUCCCUUGCUAACAUCAUGGCCCCUGGCGCUCUGAACAUACCCGACUCCUUCAUUGUUGGUGGUCCCUAUGAGGAUGAGGAUGGAGAGCUCAACAAAAGAGAGGACAGGGAGUUUAGGAUCCAAGCAGAAAGCAUGAAGAGAAUUGUAUGGGACAUGGAAAAGCGCUGUUACCUGGAUCCUGCUGCAGUAGUCACCCUGCAGAAGCGCAUUACGCAGUGCCAGUACUGGCCCGUGGAGGUCUGCAGGAUGACUGUGGCCCCAGCCAGCAAAGGGAAAACUAGCGAAGCUGACAAGGGAGAUGAGGACAAGCAGAUUUUCUUCCAUGGCGUGGCGUAUAUCAACAUGGAGCCUUUGCUGUGCCCCGGCGUGAAGCAGAUCCGAGGUGCUUUUCGUGUCUUUACCUACCAAGACAACAAGGUGUUUGAGAAGACUAAAUGUCAGCACAGUGUUUUCCAGGAUCUCAGGACGCAGCUCCAUCUGACUAAGGAAGGGCCAUGGACCCCAGGAAUCAGUACAUCCCUUUCCAAAGCUUUUCCCAGCAAGACUCAGAAGGAAGAUAAAGAGAAAAUCACCAAAGAUAAGGACUCCAACAGAAGGAUGUCCAGUGUGCCCAAAAUCCGGUUGUCAGACGCCUCUCUGGAAGCUGAAAAUAUCACAAAUCUCAGCCUUGAGGAACAGCCAUACGUUGAAGCAGGAACGUUCCUGAUGAUGGAGAUAAAGCUGGACAAAGCCUUGGUACCGAGGCGAUUGCGAGAGGACCUCACCAGACGGGUCGAGCAGAUGAUUCCGCCUCGCCCUCCGCUGCCUCCUCGGACUGAUGGAGCCAAGAAGGCGGUGGAAGAUUAUCACAACCGUGUCACGAGCAUUGCCGUUUCCAUCCUAAGUGAGUGCCGUGAGCUCUUUGGGAAGCAGCUGCCUGACGGGGGACCGACAGACCCCCAAACCCUGGAGGAACAGAAGCGUCAGCUCAACUUUGAGCUCAAUAAGUCUGGGAAAUAUUUUGCUUUUAAGGAACAGCUAAAGUAUGCGGUCGUGAAGAUUGUGAGGGAGAAAUACCAGAAGACCACGGCGUUUGAGACCCAGGAGGAGUUCCAGGCAUUUCUCAGUGAGCUCUAUGUGUACCUCAUGGACCAGAUGCACGUUGCCCUGAACCAGCUACUGUUCGAGGAAGCUGCUCCCCCUGUCCCUGUGUUGCGCAUGACCGAGGAGCAGCUCUGGCUCUUUGCUCGUGAAGCUGAAGUCAACAAGGACUAUGAGCUGGCAUCUGUCUACCACCAGAAGAGGUUAGAUCAGGACCAGCGCAACAUCCAGCACUGGCUGGACUAUGGGGCGUUCCGCCUCCUGCUCGAGGAAACAACCAAAGCCCAGGAUUGCUUCCGGCAGGCUCUUUCUCUGGACCCCCAUCACAUCCAAAGCUUGCUGCUCUGUGGAGUUGUGGCUGUCAUGCUGCAGCACUACGCAGAGGCAGAGAUUUUCUUUGAGAGCGCCUGCUGCUUGGAGCCAUCCAGCAUUGUAGCCUGGACGCUUUCAGGUUUAUUUUAUGAGCUGCAGAAUAAUAAUAUUCAGGCAGAAAUGGCCUUCCGUGAGGCUAAGAAACUACUGAAAGCCCAGCUUGCCAAGGAGGGAGAAGGAGGGAAAAAGCAAAUUUCUGCCACGUCUGUGAGGUCUCCCAGCCCAGGCCCAGGUGGCUCAGCUGAAAGGGUGCCAGAGGCGGUGGAGCCUGCCCUGGCCUUCGCGGCACUCAAGGAAGGUGCUACUGCACCGGCGUCAGCCCCGAAAGCUGGGGAAUCUUCAGCAAAGCAGGUUCAUCCCAAUGGUCAGAGCAGCACAUCUCGGGAUGGACAGCCAGCAGCACCAUCCCCUGUUUCAGGACUCAGCCGACUUCCCUGCACAAUCUUCAUGAAGACAGUGGAAUUCCUGAUGAAAUUCAAUGCCAUCCAGUUUGUCCACAUGGCGCUUGCCCACGAGCUGCUGAGCUUUCAGGGAGGUCCCUCCUGUGCGUACUACCUGGCGCUGGCCCGGACUUGCUUGCUGAAGGAAGACUUCUCCAAAUGCCAAGAAUGUCUCCGUGAGGCCGUUAGGAUCGACCCCGUGAAUCCAAAUGUCUGGGCUCAGAAAGGGCACCUGUGCUACCUGAAGAGGGACUUUGGAGAGGCAAAGGAGUGCUACGAGCGAACCAUCAGUUUUGUGGAGGAUGCUGCGGAUGUGCACUUUGUCUACCUGCGCCUGGGCUCCAUCUACUUGGAAGAGAAAGAGUUUGGCCGGGCCAAGGAGACCUACCUGCUCGCCUGCAAGAACUCUGCCUCCUGCCUCACCUGGCUGGGGGUGGGAAUCGCCUGCUACAGGCUGGAGGAAAUGGUGGAUGCAGAGGAUGCUCUCACCGAAGCCAACACCCUAAAUAACACUAAUGCUGAAGUGUGGGGAUAUCUCGCCCUCAUCUGCCUGCAAGGAGGACGGCAGCGGGAGGCAGAGCAGUGCUACAAGUACACCCUCAAGCUGGGCCUGCGGAACGACUCCUUGCUGCGGGAGAUCCACGCCGCCCAGCAGCGCUUCGGCUUCGGCAACCCGGCCUUCUGAACCUUCCCCGCCGCUCCGGGACCCCGCCCCGCCGCUACCGGACACCCCCCAAACCCCCUUCCCCCCCGGACCCCCGUUCCACAUGAAC